GAUAUUCGGCUUUACAUUUGCAUUGCCUUCAGUGUGAUUGAUCUCAGACCAGAUCGCGCGGAUUGUUUAAAUGUUUCAGCUUGUUGCUGUGCAGACCGGAGCGCGUCAGGGGAGGAGGAGUCUGUACUCGGUUGCCAUGUCGACCGGUCGCUUGUAAAUAGCGUGUUUUCUUCUCCAUGCAAACUCAAACACAUUCUUGGGACCCGCGUACCACAUCCGUCCGUCAGUUUCACUCAACACAACCAUCAAUUAGUUAUUUUAUCUCUCGAAAUUUGCGAUUUGUGUACGGUUUUAUUUUGUAAUCAGUCUAAUAUUUGGAUGCGACAAUUCUUGGUCACAUUUGGAUGAUGUAUUAAAGAAUCACAACGGUGUUCUGCUGGUGUUACAGAGAUGGAGAAGUAUGAGAAGAUCAGCAAGAUCGGUGAGGGCUCGUACGGGGUCGUGUUCAAGUGCAGAAACAGAGACACCGGUCAGAUCGUCGCCAUCAAGAAAUUUGUGGAGUCUGAGGACGAUCCCAUCAUAAAGAAAAUAGCGCUCAGAGAAAUCCGCAUGCUGAAGCAACUUAAACAUCCAAACCUGGUGAAUCUGAUCGAGGUGUUUAGAAGAAAGAGAAAGCUGCACCUGGUGUUUGAGUACUGUGAUCAAACUGUCCUAAAUGAGCUGGACAAACACCCACGAGGCGUUCCAGAGCACAUGGUGAAAAGUAUCACUUGGCAAACGCUUCAAGCUGUGAACUUCUGCCACAAACAAAAUUGUAUCCACAGAGAUGUAAAGCCUGAAAAUAUACUCAUCACCAAACAUCAGGUCAUCAAACUCUGUGACUUUGGCUUCGCCAGGAUUCUCACGGGUCCAUGCGAUUACUACACGGAUUAUGUAGCGACGCGGUGGUACCGAGCUCCAGAACUGCUGGUGGGAGACACGCAGUACGGACCACCGGUGGACGUCUGGGCAGUGGGGUGUGUGUUUGCUGAACUGCUCUCUGGUGCCCCCUUGUGGCCGGGUCAAUCGGACGUAGACCAGCUCUAUCUGAUCAGGAAAACACUGGGUGAGUUGAUUCCUCGACAUCAGCAGGUGUUCAGCACUAACCAGUUCUUCAGUGGAGUUUGUGUCCCUGAACCACAGGAGAUGGAGCCUCUUGAAGAAAAAUAUCCAAACAUCUCAUACCAGGCACUGAGCCUUAUGAAGGGUUGUCUGCGGAUGGAUCCAGCUGAGCGGUUGUCAUGUGAGCAGUUACUGGAGCAGCCGUACUUUGACAGCCUGAGAGAAGAGAGCGAGAGCGUGACAAGGGAACCAGACCGCAAGAGACGCCCACGCCAGCCACGCCGACACCUGCCUCCCGGGUAUCUGCCCCAGUUGGCAAGCAGUACCGUCUUUCCUGCAGUGGAGAACAAAAAAUACAGCAACCUGCGCAAAUUCAACUACCACCUGCCUAACAUAUGAUGGACACGUACUAGUUUGGAACUGUAAAUGAACUGUACAUCUCUCAACUGGUGUGUGUGUGUGUGUGCGCGCGUGUGUGAGAUAGACAAAGGGCUCUGCUCUGCCCGUAGAACAAUGACGUCACACUGCCAAAACAAAGACUCACAGAAGAAUUUUAUCAGAAAGUAUAUAAUGAAUGACAACAGCAAUAACAAUAUUGUUUAUUAAAAUUAUGUUUUGCUGUGCUUCAUAGUUUUAUUAGAGACUGAGAUGCUGUAGAAGAGUUGGCGUAGUGGGAACUUUUUUUUUAACCUUUAUGUAACCGAAUGUAUGUUUGAAGUGUAUAUGUGUUAUAGAAAUUCUAGAGACACAAUCAAGCCCAGACUGAAUCUUUUUUCUGUAAAGGGAUAGUUCACCCCAAAAUAAAAAUUCUGUCAUUUAUUCACCCUCACCGGUUAAUCAUCAUACUACGGAAGUCAAUGGGGACCAGAGUUGUUUGGUUAACAAUCAAAAUAUAAUCAUAUGGGUUCUGCAGAAGAAGGUUGUAGAGGUUUGAAUGACAUGAGGGUGAACUAUCCCUUCUGCAUUGAUUCGUGGCAGUAAAUCUUUAGAAAAAAUGAUUCUAUGUGUUCAACAGUGCUGAGACUGCUAUACUCAUAUUGACAGCUGAAGGAAUAAUCAAACUAGCCAAAAAAAUCAAACAAACACGCCUCUGGGCCUUGACACAUGGCGUUUUGGUUAUCGUUUAUUACCCUUGUAAUUUAAUUUUCUUUUUGUUUUAUGACUGGUGCUAUUAAUUGACCAAAUGCCAAAUUCCAGAGACAUGAUUCACAAAAGUGUUUUUGUGUUCAGAUGUAGGAAUGAAUGGAUUGGAAAUAGACCUUCUGCUUUUGUUUGUUUUGUUUUGAGACUAAAUCAUUAAAGAUGUUUCUGCAACAUA